UGCAGCGCUGCCUGAUUUAUUCCGGUCCUGGAGCAGGAGUGAGAGCCCGCGCUCUGUCUGCACGUCCCGAUCUUCAGUCCGGCGCCGGGUCCCCCACUUGUGCGCAGCAUGCCGGGCCCCCGCCUGCUGGCCGCGCUCUGCGGCGCGCUGCUCUGCGCCUCCGGCCUCUUCGCCGGCUCUGGUGACUUCUGUGACUCCAUCGAGUGCCUGAACGGUGGGACCUGCCUGUCACAGGACGAGCUCCCCUUCUAUUGCCUCUGCCCAGAAGGCUUUACGGGGCCCAUUUGCAACGAGACUGAGAAAGGUCCCUGUUUCCCAAACCCCUGCCGCAAUGAUGCCGAAUGCCAGGCGCUUGAUGAGGAGGCACUCCGUGGCGAUGUCUUCCAACAGUAUGUCUGUGAGUGCCAGCAAGGCUACACGGGCGUCCAUUGUGAGAGCAGGUGCGCCAUGCCCCUGGGCAUGGAGACAGGGGCCAUCGCUGACCGGCAGAUCUCCGCCUCGUCCGUGCACUGGGGCUUCAUGGCUUUGCAGCGCUGGGCCCCGGAGCUGGCCCGCCUGCACCGCUCGGGCAUCGUCAACGCCUGGACAGCCAGCAACUACGAUCGGAAACCCUGGAUCCAGGUGAACCUGCUACGGAGAAUGCAGGUGUCGGGCGUGGUGACGCAGGGCGCCAGCCGCGCAGGCAGAGCCGAGUACGUGAAGGUGUUCAAGGUGGCGUACAGCCUCGAUGGGAAAAAGUUCAGGUUCAUCCAGGACGACGCGAACUCAGGAGACAAGGUAUUUACGGGGAACGUGGACAACAAUGGCCUGAAGGUCAACAUGUUUGACGUCCCUCAAGAGUUGCAGUACGUGAGGCUGAUGCCCGUUGGCUGCCACCGGGGCUGCACCCUGCGCUUUGAGCUCCUUGGCUGCGAGGUGAAUGCAGGAUGUGAUGAACCCCUGGGAAUGAAGGACAGAACCAUCCCUGACAAGCAGAUCACGGCCUCCAGCAUCUACAGGACCUGGGGCCUGAGUUCCUUCAGCUGGUACCCCCACUACGCGCGGCUGGACCAGCAGGGCAAGUUCAACGCCUGGACCGCGGAGAAAAACUCUGCCUCCGAGUGGCUGCAGAUCGACUUGGGCUCUCAGAAACAGGUGACCGGCAUCAUCACGCAGGGGGCCCGAGACUUCGGCACCAUCCAGUACGUGGCGGCCUACAAGGUGGCCCACAGUAACGAUGGCCUGAAAUGGACCGAGUAUAAGGACCCGGGGGCUGAGGGCAGCAAGAUCUUCCCAGGCAACUUUGACAAUAAUUCCCACAAGAGGAACGUGUUCGAGACGCCCUUCAUGGCUCGCUUUGUGCGCGUCCUGCCCGUGGCCUGGCACAACCGCAUCACCCUCCGGGUGGAGCUGCUGGGAUGCUAGCUGAUGGGACCGGAUGGCCUGUUCUCCUGACCUCCUGUGGUCCUGCCGCCUCCUCCACCCACCGCCCGCCUGAUUGUAGUGCCGUGGGGGGGCGGGGAGGGGGGGGGUGAAGAUGUCAGUCACCUCUCCCUCCCUCUGUCCUCCUCACACCUCACCUCCCACACGCCCGCCCCACCUCCCACCUGCCUCUGGCGCCCAACCCUCAUGCCAGGUGAGCCGCAGGCAAUUCCUGGCCCUGCCAGGACUCCCUCUUCUACACUUGAUCUUGCCAAAAGGCCGAGAACCAUGUUCUUAGGCGCUGUGGGAGUUGAGCAGGUCUGGGAUUCCAGCCUCUGUCGCCAAUAGCCCGCCUCCCACCCCCCACAUUCCCAUGGCCCUGGAGGAAGGGCCCCCAGGCGCCAGGCUGGAAUAACAGAUGCCUGCUGCUCAGCCUGGAGCCAUGAUGCAGCCAUUCCCGAUGCCGCCACCAGCCCUCUGACACUCCCACCCACAACCUCCCUGGAGACCCCUCUUGACCCUUGAGCUGCAGCCUAGAAAGACAGCAGGGGCUGGGGUGGGUCCAUGGACAGACGGGGAGGAGGUGGGCGGGCCUGGGCGGCCCCCCAAAUGCACAGGCAACUUCCAAAAUAUAUUUAUGUCACUGCCUGGA